AUGACUAUAUCUAGUGAUGACCAUGGGAAUAAUGUAGGUGAUAGGUGCUGGAGAGCUCAAGAGAAUAGAGAUGCGGAAUAUGAGAUCACUCAUAGAGUAUACUUGGAUAUUGAUAUUGAGGAGCAACGUUUAGGUAGAAUCGUUAUUGGAUUAUAUGGUCAGGUUGUACCGAAAACUGUAGAAAACUUCAGGGCAUUGUGUACAGGUGAAAAGGGCACGGGGACAAGUGGGAAGCCUCUCCACUACAAAGGAACACCAUUCCAUCGAAUCGUCUCAGGGUUUGUGAUCCAAGGUGGUGACAUAGUCCAUGGAGAUGGGAAGGGGAGCGAAUCCAUCUAUGGUGGUACAUUUCCAGAUGAGAAUUUCAAAGUAAAACACUCCCAUGCAGGCGUUGUGUCAAUGGUAAAUACAGGACCAGAUUCAAAUGGGUCGCAGUUUUUCAUCACCACCAUAAAAUCCAGCUGGUUGGAUGGAGAGCAUGUUGUGUUUGGAAAAGUAGUUCAAGGGAUGGACUAUGUAUAUGCAAUUGAAGGUGGAGCUGGAACUUACAGUGGGAAACCCAGAAAGAAAGUUGUCAUUGCAGACUCUGUUGUGAUGGGAAGUGAUACUGAUGACCAAGAGAAAAGAAUCGCGGCCCUUUACUACCCGCCUGCCACUUCAUCAUCAUCUUCCCCAACUCAGCCGCUGCUCUUCAAGCCGCCGCUACACGAGCCCACCUCCUACCCUAAUCCAGAAUCUGACCCGACCCAGUUCCUCCAGAUCUCUUACAACUCCGGUCACCGGCCGUUCAAGGACCUGCCCUUUCUCGUCCUCUUUCUCCUGGUUCUUCUCUGCACUAUCGGAUUCGGCAUCUUCUCAAUCGUCCACGGAAACCCCAAUUACGGCAACCUUUCAUCCUUUACUUUCGACUCCCGAUCGGCAUCCUGCGUUCCCGCCAGCCCCAAUUCAGCUUCCACAGUCGACAGUUUCUACUAUUUCCUCGUCAAUUCGUUGCGCUCCAGUGGGUUCACCAGCGGGCUGAUAUGGGCAAUCGUUAUCACAGUGAUUCUCAGUGGACCCAUCUGCUUUCUACUGCUUUUCUCUCUCAGGCAUUACACCAAAUACCUUGUGUACGCUUCUCUCCCCUUCUUCAUCGUCAUGCCGGUUUUCUUUAACAUCUACUGGUUCGUUGCAUGCACGGUUAGCUCGUCCUGCAGCGAUGACCUACCACUUGGUUAUAGAAUUUUCGUCAUGUCUCUCAUAUUUGUGGUGAUUGGGGUCCUGGUUUGGGUUCUAGUUGUGAAUUGGUAUCGGGUUGAGCUGACUAUAAGCAUAAUUGGGGUUGCCGCCGAUGCCCUGUACAAGAAUUUGGGUUUGUUUGUGGCUCUGCCAAUGUUGUCGUUUGGUUUGGUGGUGUACUAUGCUCCCAUUGUGGUGUUCUUAGUGUUUGCGAGGUUUAAUGGCAAGAUUGUGCCCAAGGAAUCUAAUGGGGAGUAUCAUUGUGGUUGGAAGGAAGAUAGUUGGGUGCCUGCUUACUAUACGCUGGGGGUUGUGACAUUGUUGUGGUCUUCUGCAAUAAUGAUGGAAGCUCAAGUUUAUGUGAUCAGUGGGACUAUUGCUCAGUGGUACUUCUCAAAGAACGAUUCCCCUCCAAAACGUGGCAUAAGAACUUCAUUGAGGAAUGCGUUUGGCCCAUCUUCAGGCAGCAUAUGUUUCUCUGGUUUAAUUAUGUUUAUCGUUCGCAUGGUGAGAGGUGCCGUUGAUAGUGCUAAACGAGAAGAUAGUCCGGGGGUUGUAAAUCUCGUUCUCCGAACUUGUGUCAAUCUAUUUCUCUCUUCAAUCGAAUUUCUGAACAAGUUCACCAUCAAUUUCGUGGCAAUAACUGGUGAAGCCUACUGCACUUCUGCGAGAAUGACUUACGAACUCCUGAAACGUAACCUUCUCUCAGCUGUCCUGGUGGAGGUUAUCUCCACUCGUAUAUUGGCUGGCAUCACGUUCGUACUCUCAGCUGUGUAUGCAAUUGUGGUGUGUGCAAUACUGAAGGGUGCUAUGAGUCUCGGGACUGAUGCAUACUAUGUCGCGAUCCUUGCCUGGUUGGUGCUGAUUGUGGUGUUGGGCUUCUUUGUACAUGUGUUAGACAACGUGAUCAACACGAUUUACAUAUGUUAUGCGAUAGAUAGGGACAGAGGUGAAGUGUAUAAGUCGGAUGUUCACGAGGUUUAUGUGCAUUUGCCCAUCAGUAGAAACCAGAGGCCGAGCUUGGCUACUGAUGCAGUUGUAUGAGCAUAAUGAACUAAUGCAUUAUCUGCAGAGGGUUUCUUUCUAACUUUCUGUAAUGUCGUUUAGUGUUUUGUUCUUCUUUGACGAGGUGAGAGUUCAUGAUUGCCCGGAACCGGUGAUCUGUGAAUAUACCUUUUGGGUUGCUGCUGCUGCAUUGUAAAUUUUUGAAGCUUGUAAGCUAGACGGGGAAAAGAUAUGGAUUCGUACGCAAAGCAGAUUACCUUUAUUGUAAUAAAAGAGAGCGAAAAGGGAAACGGGAAGAGAGGAACCAAAGAAGGGGAAUGUUUGAGAGGGGGAUGUUUCUGAACAUUGUGAAGUUAACCGUUCUUUGUUUAUUGACUGCAUUUGAGAGGCCGAAAGGCUUCUAGUGUUUCGAAUGUUAUGUGCCAAGUUAGUCUUGUGACUCUGUUUCUCCUUCUGCUAAUAUUUUAGGAGAACGUGAUGAUCACAUACAUUUUUUAUGGG